CAAACACGGACAUGUUUUUACAGCGUACUCAAAGAAACAGCAGGCGGCAUUUAUCGAAAAUUUCUGUUUGCUACUUGGCACAGGUAUCUGGCCACAUGAAUGAUGCAGGUCCUCACCCCAGACACUAACGUUCGCCUAGCGGUGGGCCAAAGUGUCAGAGCUCUCACCACCUCCAGGAACAGGGAAGAGGUGGUAACUGCUCUCCAAACACUCAACAGUUAUCUGAAUAAGGAGCCUACAACUACAACUACCACAGUUCAGCGAGAUGAGUUCAGCCGAGCCCACUACACACGGACCCUGCAGUUUUUCAUUAGCAGCAUCAGUGCUGAUUGGGUCCAGUUUCUCACAGCUGCUCAGCGCACUGAAUUAUGGGAUGGCUUGUUUCUCAAAGGUCCUGCCGAGCAGGCUCUGAUGGUACUGAUGGAUGGCAUAGGCUCUCUGAGCAACCCUAGUGCUGGUCUGGACCGAUUGGUCAGCAUCCUUGUGGAGUUCCUACAGAGCGGUCGUCUGAUGGACUUGUUGUGGUCGUACUGCCAGGGAGCAGGACCCUCCGACUCUCCCCAGCUCAGAGAGACCUUACUGGGCCGCCUGGUGGCCCUGCCUGACCUCACUGCCAACCGCCUACACCCAAACAACCAUCCCCUCUUCCUGCCUCAGCAGUAUUACCCUCUACUGGCCAGAGAGAUGCUAGCAGCACUGGAGAAGACCUGCAAGGCACUCCGAGAUGGAAAAGACUGCUCUCUGACAUUUUUGUCUCAGACUUUGGGGAAGGCAUGCGUUCAGGGACAUAGUGAGUUGGUGUUCAGGGAUCUUGCCCCUCGCCUCUCCUCCUACACUCGCUCAGAUAUGGUGUGGCAGAGGGUGUGCUGGAAACUCCUGGAGAAUGUUCCGGAACGCUGGCUAGAGGCCGUGCUCACUGGGCUAAUACCAGCUGUGGACGGGCCAGAUGCUUUGGGUCGGAUCAUGGGAAACCUGGUUCUAAAGAAUAAAAAAGCCCAGUUUGUUGUCACUCAUAAACUGUUACUGCUUCAGUACAGGCAUGAGACUCGUGUUUUGAGGAUUCUUCUGGGUUAUCUUGCACAGGACAGAGAGAGAAGGCCACUACUUACCCAGGUCCUGCGAUCGCUGUGCCAGACCUGGGCCAACCCCAGUGCAGUGAAACACACCUCCCUGGAGCAGCAGAUGUACGUGAGCAGAGCCCUACUGCUCUGUGUGGGCCUGCUGAACGACACAGAGCUGCAGGAGCUACGUCCAGAGCUGCUGCAGUGCAUGCUGGGAGGCAUGCAGAGCCACCUGGACUGCAGUGUGGUGGGCGUGAGGCGCAUGGGCAUGGUGGUGGGAGAGUGUCUGAGCUCACGGAUGGAUUUAGAUGGUACCAAGCUCAAGUUUGAGUAUGAGCAGGAUGACGUCACCCUGGAGCUGCUCCAUCUCAUGACUCCUGAUGAACCCCAGGACCCAGCUCCCCACAGGAUGAGCCCUGACAGAGAGGUCAAAGGGCAAACCUCACCCCUUCAGGAGGCCCCGCCCACGGCUACCCAGCAACCCAGAGCAGGACCAGACCCAGAUCUGGACAGCGAUGAUGAGCUCACCCCCUACGACAUGUCAGCUGACCAGGAGAUGAGCAAGACUGCUCCACCGCGCUACCUCAGAGACUGCCUGGAGGCCUUCCUGACAUCUGAGGAACCUGAGCGCGUGGAGCUCUGUCUGAGAGCUGUGGAGGGCCUGCUUAGGAACAACCCUUCUACAGCCCAGGAGGUCGGCGUGCAGCUCACCAAGGUGCUGCUCCACAUGGAGGACCGCUACAACACGGCCGGCUUCUGGGGCCUCAGACAGGCCGCCAUGGUCGCCCUCGUCGUCACCGACUGUGUCCCCGUAAGAGGCCUCACCUCCGACUGUGUCCCCGUGACAGAGUACCUGACUACUGAGUUCUUCUCCAUGAACUACAGUAUCCGACAACGCCUGGAUAUCUUAGAGGUCCUGGCAAUGUCAGCCCAAGAGCUCUCUCAACCAAUCACAGCUAAAGAUGGCCUGUCCAAGGGAGUUUCUCCCGUUACCAUGGGUAUGAUCCCUUACCCUGGCAACGACCCUGUUGAUUGGCGACAGGUGGUAGAGAGGCGAAUCCAAAGUAAGACGACGCGUAUCAGCAAGGGAGUGACUCGCCCUCCAGCCAAGGCCUCCCCAAAUCGCUACGCCCCUGUGGCUGGGCACUUCUUCUUUCCUUUGCUCAGGAACUAUGACAGACCUCAGGUGACCUUUGACCUCAUGGGGGGGGACCACCUGGUUCUGGGAAGGCUGAUUCAAACCCUGGGCCUCCUGAUGCACUUAGCUGUCAACGCUCCCGUGGCCACUCAGAUGGGCCGUGCUCUUUUGGACUUUGCUUGGGCGGUGCGUUACCACGUCGACCAGACGGUGCGGCGAGGCGUGCUCUUCGCCGUCUGCUCUGUGUUCCUGAGCAUGCCCAGUCAGAGCCUACUGGAGGAGCUCAGUGAUCAGCUGUUGGAGACCAGGGCGUGGCUCGCAGAUGUGGCAGAGAGUGACUCUGAUGCGGACUGCAGGAGUCUGGCUGUACAGAGCCUGGUGCUGCUUGAGAAGAGCCUUAAGGCCGGUCUGGAGAACCCUGCCCUGGGCUCACUGUCAUGACCACCACACGGGUACACCAACGGGGCCAGAGUCAUCCUGUGUCGGUUAAGGCCAGUGUUCAGUUUGCUGGUUCUGAGUGCACGGGCCUUGGGACACAGGCUGGUACGGAGGGAGGCAGAGAGCAGAUGAGGACCACCGGACACAGACAGGCAGAAGGGUUGAGAGGAUGUCGAGGACCCUGGACAUGUGUGGAAGUCCGUUUGUACUGGCCUGCAGGUGCUAGCCUUACUACUGCAUAUUCUGGGACACAUGCCCAGGCGGAAGACAGACACACACGCACUCUUAUUUGAUUCCUUUACCAGAAGAAGCCUUUAAAAGGCAGUAAAGAGGAUGUCAUCGGACCGAAAUAAAAGGAUUUAAAUGUACCUAAGGUGGAUGUCUUUUUGUUUUCUUCUCUUUCCUGUGUGGGAACCGUACUGUACCACUGGCUGUUUGUUUACACAAGGAUGUCCUGUAAAUGGACUGACACACACACACACACAAUGAAAAUACUAUGCAUCCUUCCCUUGGUGAAAUACCUCAUUGAUGUAUUUAUGUGCCGUGAUUUGUACACAUAAAUAGUCCUGUUUCCCAGCAUCGGGCAAGAAAGGGUAGAAUGAGGUCGAAACUUUUCAAAUAUGGUUUACUUGCUAAUAAUAAAAGAACUGCUUCAUAAGUUGUGUAUGACCUAGCUUACCCAAUGAUUUG